GAAGAUGUGCCAUUCGUCGAUUCAGUAAUUGCGAUAGCAACGUGAUAAACUACAGUAUCGAAUCGCAAAUUAAUCCUCCCCUUUGUGACAAACGAAACACUAUCGUACACUAACAUCUGUCGAGCAGGUCGGAAGCAAGUUUCAGUUUUACGUAUCGUUCCGGACGAGUAGCAAACGCGACGACGCCCCACUCGCCACCAUGGGAAAAAUCAAACUCUACAGUUUCCCGUUGAGCCCACCUGGUCGUACGGUUCAGCUCACCGCAAAAGCCCUUGGCCUUGAGCUCGAAUUUCAUUCCGUCUCUGUGUUGGCCAAGGAACAUCUAACCGAUGAGUUCAUCAAGAUGAACCCACUGCACACCAUUCCGGUGAUUGACGACAACGGUUUUGUCCUGUACGACAGCCAUGCGAUCGCCGUCUACCUAAUUUCCAAGUACUCCCCGGGAAACCCACUUUACCCCACUUCCGACUUGGAGCAACAGGCCCGAAUCAACGCCAUCCUGCACUUCGAGUCUGGAGUGAUGUUUGCCCGGCUUCGGUACGUCGGCGAUGCCAUCCAGAAGGCUGCCCAGCCCGGACAAGUUCCCCAGGAUCGGGUCGAGUACGCACUGCAAGCCGUCGACCAGCUGGAAGCUCUGCUGAGGGAUGGUCCAUAUCUGGCCGGCGAUCACGUGACGUUGGCUGAUGUCAGUUGCGUUACUUCGUUCUCGUUUUUGGACGUUAUGCUGCCGGUGGAACGGGCGAAGUAUCCCAAGGUUUAUGGUUGGUACGAGAGGAUGAAGCGGAUCCAGGGGUAUGACGAGAUCAACCAGACAGCGGUGGAUCAGCUGAAUGGGGUUAUUCAGGGGAUUUUCGAGGCGAACAAGGAGAAAUAGGAACUCGAUUCUUCGAUGUGAACUUCUCGUAUGCAAAUUUAUGGAAAGCUAGGAAUUAGCCUUUCAAUGAUAAGUUUAUUUCAGGAUUUUAUAAAUUUCUACAAAAGGUUCAACUGAGAAGAUAACUACGAAAAAAAUAUACGAAAUUUUAAUGAAUUUAUGUGUUACCCAGAAGAGAA